AGUCUCUCACAAUGCUUGAGAAAAAGAUAUCACCAAACCUAGAGAGAGAAAAAGAAUUGUCUGUGUAGAGAGAGAGAGAGGAGAAAAAAGUGUAUGGCAGCCAAAUCCAAGAGCCUUCAGUGGAUCGCCGGCUUCGGAAAGCAACUCGUCGUCGGCCUCCGCCCACGCGCUCCUCCACGCGCCGCCGUGCUUUCUUUCUCUAGGAGGAGUGGCCACUCAUCGGCUUAUGACAAGAACGUGGAGGAACAGGUGCAGCAGCCAAGUGUACUGCCGGAUGAAGUGAUCAGACUUGACUCCGACAAAUACUGGGCCCCUCAUCCUCAGACCGGUGUCUUUGGUCCCACUACCGAUCAGGGCUCAGCCGCCAUGGCUGCGGCCGUGGCUGAGCAGCGUGGCCAGGACUCGGUGCUGGAGGAGAAGGCCUGGUUCCGCCCCACGAGUCUCGAGGACCUGGACAAGACACACCAUGCUUAGAAACCUAUAUAUACAUACAUAUAUAUAUGUGUGUGUGUAUGUAUCCCAAUGUCUUUCUCACUUCAAAGACUCCUGUUGUGGUAAUAAAGAGAAACACACUUGUGUUGUCCAUGAAUCAUCAGACUCGACUCUGCAUGUUAGUGCUAUUUCCCAAGCAAAAACCCAUUUGCAGUGGAAUGAGAGCAGUUGGUGUUUAUGUAAA